AUGGCUAAUCUAGGACGAUCGGUCAGGAGGUGCUGGAGUAGUAUUCCCAAGUCGAACGUGGCUGGAGCGAAACGAACAACUCACGCCCACUCAGCGGGCUUCAAGCGAUACUCACUUGGGUCGGUGGUGGCCGUCUCCGGAGCCGCCGUCAUCUGGUGGUUCACCUCUCACAAUAUUGCCCUAGCAGAAGCUCCUCACCAUGCACAUACCAAAACCCAUGGACGCGAUCACACCCACGUUCACGGCCAUGAUAAGCGACUCGUCCCACAUGCGGCUCCAUCAACACCCACUAGGCCUGUCGCACACGAGAAUAAGGCUCACGUGACGGACGUCUAUGAGAAGCUGGAACAGAAAUCUUUGGAUCUUGCCCAACUUCCGGUGGAAGAAGCUGUGCUCACCAGUGCACCUAAAGUCCCUCCCUCAAUCACCCGCGAUUAUCCCGUGAUUCUGAAGGUGGAUUUGACAACGACCACCCGGAAAGCCCAAUUGACAGGAGCGUACAAGUAUGAACAAUGGACGUUCAACGAUCAGGUUCCGGGACCUUUUAUCCGUGCACGCGUAGGCGACGUUGUGGAAGUGACAUUGACCAACAAGGACGAAAGCGGCAUGCACAUAACAUCGACUGCCACGCUUUUCUGGGGCCUGGGGCCGGCAGAUCGAGAUCUUCCACCCGUGGAUAAAGAGUACUAUGUGAUGCAGAGUGAGUGGUACCACGAGCCGCCCGAGGUGGACGAUCACGGCAAAAAGUCGUCUCAGGUUGAAUUUUCCUAUCCCAACUCCCUGUGCGAAGAGCCUGACAUCGUCGUCUUCAACGGGAGUGAGUCGGCCAUGACCCGAGAGAAGCCACUAAAAGCGAACGUCAACGAUACGGUGCGCAUCUUGGGGGCGCCCAUAGGCUUGGGUGGGAACCGCCCAUAA